CAAGAAUUAGAGUAAUCUUCUUCUUCUUCCGAGAGAUUUUCUUCCUAGUUCUAAUUACAUCUCCUUGGGAUUCCUAUGGCUACUGCUGAGGUUGUAUCGUCUCAAGUUGCACUUCAUGAGGAGAAAACUGAAGAAACAGUCAAGGACCGAGAAACCAAAGCCGAAGAGGUAGUUGCCGAAGCUGCUGCGACGGAGCCUGUUGCCGAAAAGCCAAAGGAAGCCGAGCCUGCAGCAGCUGCAGAGGCGAUCGAGGAACCUGUGGCUACAGAAGCUGAAGCCUCAGUUGAAGUUGAAACCAAAGAGGUGGUUGAAGAAUCCAAGGUUGUGACUGAGGAGCCAGUGACUGAGGAGCCAGUGAAGGAGACUCCAAAGGAAACAGUGGCAGAACCAGCCGUGGAGGAGAGCAAGGAAGCCACUGAGCCAACCGUUGGAAUCAAAGAAACUACUGAGUCUAGUGAGACACCAGCUGAACCCGAACCAGAACCAGAGGCCGCUAUCGAAGCACCCAAAGAGGAAGCUGAGAAGACAGAAGAAGAAGCAAAACCAGCAGAAGCCGAGGGGAAAGUCGAAAUAGAAGGUGAACCAGAAAAGAAGACCGAGUAAUGGAAGCCUUU